UAACCCCCUCCCACACUGUUUCCAGCCAAAGAGUUCCAGAUUUUAAAUGCGUGCGUAGCAGGAGUGGUCACUUAGUUCCCUUAUAUUGUUUGACCUGUUAGUAUACUGUUAGAGGAUUGUUCAUUUGUGUAUGGGUGAAAGAAAUGUCCUCAGAAGUUCUCACACAGAAGGCCCUGCAACAACACGACAAGAUCCACCCCAAGCUCAUAGCAAAAAUGGACAAGAAGAUUCUUUCUAUGAAAGUUGAAGGAAUUGGUCGUCUGCUCAGCAGAAGUGAGUCUAACAAGUCCUUGCCCAAUAUCAAAGAACGAUCUCGUCUGCUCAGCAGAAGUGACUCGAAUAACUCUGUGCCGACAGGCAGCGUUAAAGGAAGAAGUCGUCUUCAUAGCAGAAGCGACUCCAACAAGUCGUUUCCUUACGGAUACUCCGAUGCCGGCACGUCGUCUAGGCAUUCCAUGGGGACGCCUCGGCCGAGUGCGGGGCUAUCCGUUUUUCGGCUGGUCGCCGCGGCGCGCGCUUGGAAGCGCAUGUCUCAAAAGAAGCUGGCCAUUCCCGAAGUGCCCCAAGUAUUGUUGGAAAACACAUACCGGCUCGGGCCGGAGCCGCAGGAGAAAUUCCACGCCCACAAAGUUGAGCUUAUGAUGGACGACGUGUUAACUCGCUAUCUGAGACACUUCAAAUACACGCCAGACUCCUCCAAGCAGAUGUGCUUGGCCAUUUCCUCCGAGGUGAAAUCCAGGGUCAAGGGCAUGGGGUUUCCGCGCUACAAAUUCGUCUGCAUCGUGUUUCUUUUUCAGAACAAAGGCCAAGGUUCAGAGGUCAGUAGCAGGUGCUUAUGGUGUCCCGGCACAGAUUCAUACGCGUCUUGCACAUUUCAAAACAAACAGUUCAUCUGUGUGGUCAACGUCCACGCUGUCUAUUUUGAAUGAAACGAAAGAAACACGCAAUGUGAUACAAGGUCCAAACAUCAAGGACUUUGAUUUGGGUGGCAGGGUUAAGGGUUACAACAUACGUUGUAGAAAAAGUUGUAAGAAAAAGAACAAUCUUUACAGACCAACGGAAAUUUUAUGGA